UCAUCGGUAUACUGUUAUCCGUAAUUUUUUACGGAGUAACAUGCGCGCAAGUGCUGUUCUACGUGUGGGAGUACCGGACGGAUACGUGGUGGAUGAAGAGCAUGGUCGCUCUGCUAUUUAUCCUCGACACGGGAACAACAAUGGCCGAUCUUGAUGUACUAUGGGGAUACAUCGUGGGCAGCCACGGUAAUCCCGUGGCCCUAUUCACCCUCACCGACGCGUUCUUGGUGGAAUACGCUCUUUCUGCUGUCACAGUUCUUCUCGUACAGUGCUACUAUAUGCGGAACGUCUGGCAAUUUCUCCAUGAACGUUGGUACAGGCUACCGCUUACUAUCGUUUCUUUGAUACUGGUACUUAUUUCUUGCGGUGAGUCCAGGACUCAGUCUGAUGUUUCAGCCCCUGAACUGCUGACCAUCACCUCUUCGACAGCGUGUAGUCUUGCCAGUGUAUACAUGGGGAAUAUCGACCGAACCGUUCCAGGCAUCUUCAUCGAGACUAAGAUUCCUGCCUCUCUCCAGACUGUAUCUGCGUCCGUGGCGGAUAUCUACAUCACGACGUCACUGACACUCAUUCUACGUGGGGAGAGGACCGGUUUCAAGCACACAGAGAAUCUGAUACGGAAGCUGACCACGUACGCAAUCAACCGUGGUGUCUUGACGACUGCGCUACAGAUAGGCCAGCUCAUCACUUACGUUUCUCUUCCGGAUACAACGUUCGUUUGGGCUAUCUUCCAUUUCGUCGGGGGUAAAGCUUAUGUCAACUCGCUGCUGGCGAUUUUCAAUGCACGCCAUCACCUGAGACAAAAAGGCUCUUCUGCAGCCUCCGCGGGCGCUAUAUCAGCGCAAGAGAUCCCUCUCGACAGCUUGUCCAGACAGACACAGCAAGAUGCGAAGACCUCGUGGCAUAGGCCAGUCGUCAGCUACACUUGAGUGAAACUUGACGACUGAUGCAGGGUCUAACUCAACAGAGCGAGUCGUUACAAGAACUUGGCCCCGCAGGCUGUCAUUAAGUUGACCACGACAAAGGAAAUCAUCAGUGACGAUGGGAAACCCGUACUGGAGGAGAGUCGGUCUGAUGGCGGCCAGGUUUAGACGGACGGCUGAUACCAAUGUG